AUGGCGAGUACGCACCUCGAGGCGCUGCGUUUAUAUCGCGCUAUCUAUCGAAUGGCAGGAAAACUGCCGACGCGUGAUCGCAUAAAUUACGUGCGACGUCGUUUGCGUCAUGAAUAUGACGAGGCGCGACAGGAGACGGACCCCGAGAGAGUGACAUUCUUGCUUCGUGUGGCAGAGACACAACUGGAGACGGUACAAGUGCAGGCAGAACAUUUACGUUCGAUCUUUGCACGUCCCGAUUACCAUCGCACCUAA